CCCUUGGUAUCUGACUUCGGCAGAGAAGAGGCGAAAGGAGGUCCAGUGAUGAUGUUCCACCGUGCGAUGGGGCAUUAAAGCCAAAGUCGAUUAGGACCCCGCGGUGCUGCGAUCCGUGAAAGCGGCGGGCGCCGUGUGGACGCCUUGUGAGAACAGCGGGAGAGCUAAUCUGAGGACCUACAAUACUACUUCAUCAUCUUUGUCCCCUCUCUGCUUCUAUGCCUCAAAUUAGUCGUGUGAGACUCCGAGUUGACUUGUAUGCAUGCAGACACUGUGUCACUCGCUAUGCUAACAUUGUAGCGCCUGAUUGCUCUCCUUUCCUUCACCAUUGCUUCCCCUUUCCUUCACCAUUGCUUCCCCUUUCCUUCACCAUAUCCGUGUCCUCACACCCUCCACCGGUUUCCGCAGCCCCAACCUCAACCUCAACCUCCGCCGCCACCUGGCUGGGCUGCAUGCUCGUACUCUCACCUACUGCGUGCUUACACAUCGGCGCUAACUGCCGGGAAGUGCACACUUGGAUGCUUUGUGGCGGACGAAUGCACGAGGAGAUUGGACGCGCCUCGGCCAUUCUGCGACCACAGCGGAGAAACCUCGAACGAUGGAGUGCGUACCACGUUGCGAGCAGCCCUUACAACAGUGCGAGGCACGGUGGGAGCACUUAUCGUCAAGACAAGAAACAUGAGAUAUUAUUAAGGAUCAAAAACACGCCAUUCACGCCCGGAGCCCCAGGAUCCCAACGCCGUUCAUCUCACCAGCCACACGGCGUGCGUCUCAAGCGCCGUGCCGAAGGACAUGCAACAAUCUGCCCAGAAACUGCUCGCCAACGCGCCGUCGCUACCGCAGGACAGCAAGGAAGUAGAACACGGCCCCGACAGCAACAAGAGUCGAGAUGCCGAUGCUGUUGCGAGUCAGCCUGAGCACGCAACAAGCUGUCCGCGUGAAGACGACUG